ACUCGACCCGGCAGUCGGCUCCGAUAGGAACAGAGCAAAAAAAGAAAAAAAAACAUAGCCGAGCCGGUCAGACGACGUCCGAAGCAGAAGAGGAGACAGGAUUCAGGAACCCGCGAGACGAAGCAGGAAGCCAGAGGCGCUCUCCAAUCCAAGCAUGAGGUCGUCGAUUAACCGGCCGCCGACGCCGGACCAGGAGGAGGACGAGGAGGAGGAGCAAGGGAAGGAGGCUUCUCUCGGAGAUAUCAUCAACCUCAAGUUGGUGGAGAGCGGCGAGAAGGAGAGGCUGAUGGAGCUUCUCCGGGAGCGGCUCGUCGAGUGCGGCUGGAGGGAUGACAUGAAGGCUCUCUGCAGGGCUUAUGCAAGGAAAAAGGGAAGAAAUAAUGUAACAUUAGAUGAUCUUAUUCAUGUUAUUACUCCAAAAGGAAGAGCCUCGGUGCCCGAUGCGGUGAAGGCAGAGCUGCUGCAACGCAUCCGAUCCUUUCUCAUGUCUUCCUCGCUUUGGUAGCCCAUGAAUCACGCCGAUCGGAAGGCGCGUGUAGGAAGCUUGAAGCAUCGAUCUUGAACGUGUAACACUUCAGAGAAGCAGCAAAUAUCGACAUAAAACGGAUCUGGUGCUGUGGACGUGUUUCCUGGUCAGGCAUGUGGUUGGCCCUGUUCUCUGACUGUACCAUCACCACACUGUAUUUGUAGCGCUACAUUGCGCGGUCGCUUCGAUGCCACUUGGUAAUCUUAAUUAGAGAACUCAGAAUCAAUGCGUCUGGUGGUACUACUCGCGUGUCUCAUGUCAAACCUGAUUGAGUGAUCCUCAUGAGGGACCAACAAGAACAGACGCCACUUUUGUCAUUGUGUUGUGAAGGCCUUAUCUGAUACUAGUAUUUUCUGUGUGCUGCUUUA